AUGCUGUCAUACGAGAACCGCACGCCCGCCGCCACGCCCGCGCACACCAUGACCAGCACCGCCUCGCAGACCCGGGCCAGCGCGCCCGCCCCCGAGCCCGAACACCACCAUAUCUGGAUCGUGACCGGCCCGGCCGGCUGCGGCAAGAGCACCGUCGCCAAGUUCAUUUCUCAGGCGCUCGACCUCCCUUUUAUUGAAGGCGACGAGUACCACCCCAAAGCCAACGUCGACAAGAUGACCCGCGGCGAGCCCCUCACCGAUGCAGACCGCUGGGACUGGCUGACCCAACUGCGCGAGGAGUCCCUGCAGCGGCUCGCGAGCGGCGCCCACGGCGUCGUCGUCACCUGCUCGGCGCUGAAGCGCAAGUACCGCGACGUGAUCCGCGUGGCGCCGUACUACGCCCGCGGCGCCCGCGUGCACUUUGUGUACCUCCGCGCCACCGAGGACGUGCUGCUGGCGCGCGUGCAGGCCCGCCGCGGCCACUACAUGGGCGCCAACAUGGUGCACAGCCAAUUCGACGCCCUGGAGGAGCCGGCCGAGUCCGAGACCGAUGUCAUCAGUGUGGACGUGAGCGCGCCGCUGGAGGACGUGGAGCGCGAGGCGUUGCGGAGGAUACGGGAUGUGGUCCUGGAGGAUUGA